UCGGCUUGCAGGAAUAUGCAAGUGCAGGCACAGUGCCAGGAAAUUUUCGGUUUUGUUUCGAGGAGAUUUAUCAGUGAUGUGAGCUUCAAAUGUAAAGAACACUGCAAUGUAGGUAGUGCAUACCUGCAUUACCUGCCCUUGUCCCUUUCCGUCCAUCUAACCAUGCCUGGCCAAGACAGGGAGAACCUGCAGAGCCCUGAUCAGGAGGCCAGAGAUUUAAGCCUGUUGCUGAGUGUCUUAAAUUCACACGUGCAAGUCAGCAAACAGCAGAAACAGCAGAGCCAAAAUACCCAUCUUCCAUCACUUCUGCAAUCUGUAAGAAGAGCCGCUGUUCCCAGGCAGUCACCACAAUGUGUAGAUCAGUCCCUCAAACAGACCUGCUCCACUGCACAGCAGAAUCAGUUAGAUGAAGCUGUCUUAUUGCAGAAUUUCAGCUUACACUACAAAAGUGAAAGGAACUUCUCAACCAAUUCUCACCGCAAACUGUUUUGUGAUAUAUUUUCCUGCCUCACAAAGAAACGCCUUUGUUCAAAGGACUGGCUAACCCAAGCCCCACCAGAAAAUGUGUUACGAGUGUUGGUCUGCUUGCGAAUUUUGAUGAGAGAUGAGGAAUUUCAAAAGCUCUUCUUUCAGUUUGAGGGGAUCAAGUCAUUGUCAGAGUAUUUCCAGAAUGUCACAAACAGCUAUCUGUCAUCAGCAGACGGCCCGUACUCCAAGGAUAUCUUGAAAGAAAUGACAAGUAUGUUUCAAAAACUAUCAGCUGUAGAAGAGCAGAGAGAAUGGCUGGUUGCCUGUAAUGCACAUAAGUCCCUGGUUUUGCUACUCUCAGCCAAUGAUGUUUUUGUCCUCCACUGCUGCCUGCAUGCUCUGAUCAGACUAGCACAAAGCCCCAGACCACGACAGCUGAUAGGAGAAUUAAACUCAAUCCAUAUAUUGUUGAGAAUAAUACAGGAGUAUGACACUAUUUCUAAAAAACUGGCAGCAAAGUUACUGCAGUGUCUAUGCACUGAUGCUCAGAGCAGAGAUUUAGUCAAACAAUAUGAAGGAGCAGCUGUUCUCCUCAGUCAGCUACACAGUGAGAAUGUACAACUUCUCUUUCACAUCGUUUGGUGUCUGGUGUAUCUUUGUAUGGAUGACCCUGACUGCUGUGCUCUCAUGAGACAGAUUGGUGCCAUUCCUCUGCUUCUUGCCUUGCUGCAGGAGCAAAAAUUUGUAACAGAGCGGACAGAUGUCAGCACAGGUGCAAUAUCGGGAACUGGAACAAAUGGUCAGACCCACCCUACUCCCGAGGAUAUCUUUUCUUCUGCUACUUAUGAUCUUAUUCUGUUUGUAGGAGAGCUGGUAGAGCAACAAUACCAUUUAAAAUCAGCCUGCUGUGUUGUGCUUACUGAAUUGGUACUGAAUGACACAAAUGCUCAGCAGAUUGUUCAGGCCAAUGGCAUGUAUGUACUUGGAAUGUUAGUACUUCCUCCGCCUCCUACAUUAAAAGAGCGUGAACGCAAACUUGCCAAGAAGCUCCAGACAAAUGCGUUUCGUGCUCUUCGCUUCUUGUUCAGCAUGGAGAGAAACAGGCGCAUGUUCAAGCAGGUUUUUCCUGCAGAAUUGUUUGAAAUGUUUAUUGAUGUUGGCCACUACAACAAGAACCUCAGUGCAUAUGCUCCUCUUGUGGAGAAACUCAACAGUCUUCCAGAAAAUGUUUUGGAUGAAAUUCGUGAGAACAUUCAGGGUCUAAAUCAGUGCUGCAAACCCAACCACUACAUUGGGGAGUAUGCUGUUUUUGAGCUUCUGGGCACAGGGGCAUUCGGAUCAGUGUAUAAAGUUCGUCGGUGUACUGCUCGGUCAUCUUUCCUUGCCAUGAAGGAGCUGAACCUGCAAAAUCCUGCUUUUGGUAAAAAUGCACGUGAGAAGGCACAGAGUGUGGGUGAGAUCACUAAUGAAUUAAGAAUUAUGAAGGAGUCACUGAAGCAUCCAAACGUUGUACGCUAUCACAAGACAUUUGAAGAAAAUGAUCGUCUUUACAUUGUGAUGGAGCUUAUUGAGGGUGCCACCCUUGCAGAUCAUUUCCAUUCACUUAAAGAAAAGCUAACAAAGUUUGAAGAACAUCGCAUUUGGAAUAUUUUUCUCCAGCUUAUACUGGCUCUGCGCUACCUUCAUAAAGAAAAAGGAAUUGUGCACCGGGACCUCACCCCUAACAAUAUAAUGCUGGGUGAAAAUGAUAAAGUCACAAUCACGGACUUUGGACUUGCCAAGCAGAAACGUAGUGACUGCAGUAAAAUGACAUCCAUUGUUGGCACCAUACUCUAUUCAUGCCCAGAGAUUGUGCAGAACCAACCCUAUGGUGAGAAAGCAGACAUCUGGGCACUGGGCUGCAUCUUGUACCAGAUGGCAACACUAGAACCACCCUUCUUCUCUAAUAACAUGCUGACCUUAGUUAAAAAGAUAGUUGCUUCAGAAUAUAAACCCAUACCUGAUGGAUUGUACUCAGAAAGACUCACCAACACAGUGAGAAGUUGUCUGACGGUGUCACCAGAAGCAAGACCAGAUGUUCUAGAGUUGAGUGGAAAAUUGACAGACCUGAUACUUGUGUACAUUGACAAUCUGCGCAUAACGCAGGCAGGCCUGCAACGCAAGUUGGACCGUGAGCGCAAACGCACUCAAAAACAUUUUUGUGAGGCAAACCGCAGUAUGCAGGGCUACCAUCGGCUAUUUCUUGCAUCACAACAGAGCUAUGACCACUUACUUAGUCUCUCAGGCAGUGAUGGUGCUCAGGGAUUCAGGGAUGUGGAUGAUAAUGAUGCAGUGUUUACUGACUCUCCUGGAAUGUCACCUGGAAAAUGCAGCAUGGCUGGAGAUACAGGGCCAUCUCAUAACGUGGCUGUGUCGUUAACCAAUAUUGUGUUAGGAGAGGAGCGGAGCAGCAGUGAUCGAGGUGGCACCACUGAUGAAGAUAGUUACCCUAGCAGUGGCAGUGAAAGUCGUGAAAGCAGUGCAGGCAGUGUCCGGUCUGUUGGCCAGAGGACUUCACGGCCAAGCCCUGCAGCACCUCAGAGUCCCCCACCUAGUUCACCAAAACUUUUGAAGACUGUCCGACGGCGAACCACCAGAAGAUGUGCAUUAUCCCCACUUGUAGUGGAUAUUCCUCAGGCAGCCAAAACCAGCCGGGAUUCUGGUCUAAGCUCUGGUGACCCUUCCCCGAAUGCCAGUCAGUCCCAUGGCAGUGGUCCAUCUCCUACAGGCACAUUGCUGCUGGAGCAUCUACUAACGGCCAGACUGGAAGGUCCUACAUCCCGUCAGUACAUUUAUCGCUCGCAAAGCUCUGACAGUUCUCUUCUGUCCGUCCACAACCCAAAGCGUAUGGAUUCACGCUGCAAAAAUGUAGCAAUGCUGACAAUAAGCCCAAACCGGCUGCGAGAAAUCAGUGAUCCAAUUCUGCAAAUGUUACACCAGCUGCAUAAGAUUGUGUACAUUACUCAGCUCCCACCCACGCUGGAGCCCAAUUCAAAUCGCUUCAUGAUAGAGCAGUAUAAACGGGCUCUUUUCUCCACUAAAAGUACUGCAGUCAACCUCAAGUCUGAGCUUCGAAAGCUUAUUCAAGGGUCACAAGAAAUCAUUGACCUUGACCUUACCCUCCCUGAUUUUUAUAAGAGAGGCCAGUCCACAAGGGAGCAAGAUAUCUGUGGAUUUGAUCCUGACAAGCCUGUGACAGGUGAUUAUGAUCCAGACUAUAAAGAUGUGGGCAUCACAUAUGAGCAUAUGCAGUCUGUUAUUGAGGACACAUUAGUACAGUGUGGUUACUAUGACCAGCACAAAGGCUCAGAUGAACACAGGACACCACACAGUCUUUCUCCCACCUGACAGUGACAAACCAUAUACCAAGACGAAAGUUUUCUGAUAAUGCAAGGACUAGAUGUGACAUGGUUCCUGAGGAGUGCAUGAGUGGAAAACUUUAAGUUUUCCAAUGAAAAAAAUGAAGAAAACUGUCUGCUAUUUCAAUGGUCCCUGAAUAAGGUCAACAUGAUUAGAAUCAGGGGCUGAUUAUUGUGUUGCUAAGGUGACUACUGUGAAAACCAACCACAGAAUGAGUAAUAUUAUUUUAUAAAUCAUAGAUAGUUUUAUUGCAAAAAUCAAGAAUUACACAGAUUUGCACAUUGCUUUGGGAGCAUUCCAUAGUUGAGACGGCAGCAUCUUUAGCUCAUUUCAGCACUUGGCUCAUCCAGUGUAAUGCAAAUCCAAGCCUGCAUUGUUUACUAGAUGUUUUCAGUAUACUUCGCUAAACAUUCCUGCUGUGUCUAUAAAAAUUUAUUGAGUGACAUAUUUUGCUAUCAUAAUUUUUAUAUAGACUGUUUACUGAACACAAUGAACAUGAAAUUUACUGUUUUUCACAUCACACUUUCUGAGUACAUUAUCUUUAAUGUAUUGUUUCACAAGUGUGCAGUGUGUGUGAAUUGCACAGUGUUUAAGGUCUUAAUUUCCUCACAUUUGACUGCACAACAAAGAUGUGUAUAGGCUCAGAUAGCUGGUCAGUACCGCCAUAUAGAAGAGGUUGUCUUGUGUGAAUCAGAUUAUCUUCAUUUACAUGGAAUCGUCUGGAUAGAUCUCACUGCACUGAGUGAAACAAUUUUGUUAUGUCUGCUUUAAUUUUUUUUUAAUUUUGAAAAGGACAGUGAAAUCAGAUGAAAAGAGUUCACUGAUUUUUUUUUUAAACAAUUGUCUGUUCUGGCUUAGAAGAAACUGUAAAUAUGCACAAAUUAUUGCCGUCCACUAUUAGAAUCAAUCCAUAUAGCAAUUUGUUGUGAGCGUUGUGAGUUAAUGUUAUUCAUUAAUGUUGUUAUUAUUUUUGAGGUGAUAUUGUAGGUAAAUGUUCUUGGGCUUGAGUAAAUCAAAUGGUGAAAAGGCAGUUUUUCAUAGAAACCAAGGCUUAUUUUUGCAGUACACCAGUCUGACUCACUGAACCUGCUAGUUUUUCGUUUCUUGAUGGAUAAAGCCAGCAGCAUAUUCUAAAUGAUAAGAAUGUUUUUAGUAAAGAAAUACUUGCUAUUUGACAAUGCAUACUUUAGUUUGGAACAGUGAAGGAUGAGUUGAAGGAUUUUUAUUUCAUUUUAAAGAGGUGAAAAACUGGUGCCAGAUUUAAGUACAAAUGAAAUGACUUAAACAUGCAAGAAACAUCAGCACCAUUAUAGUACACAUUUUGUUUCUACAGGAACCUAUUUCAUGCACAGGUUUGGGUUUGUUUUUUGUUUUUUUUAAAAAAACAUUUGUUUUCCUGUUAGGAUAAAAAUGCAGCUUAUUUUUUUACCAUUUGAUUUGCUUUUGUCAAGACAAUAAUUUAUAAUUUAUGUUUUUAGACAUAUCUUUGUGUGAAGUUGGAAUAAUAUAUGCUUAUUUAAAGCAGUUUUGGAGCUAAAAUUAAUGAGUGCAACUCAACAUGUGAUCGUUGGCAUUAUGUACAGUCACUAAGUCAUUUUCUCAUGGUAUAAUGGUGGUAUCUUGUUAUUACAGACUGUGAUUCAUAUGGUGUCAUCAGUGUUUUGUGUAAAAUAUCAAUUAGCUGUGUCAUUGUUAUAGCUAUGACAAUAGGAGCCAUCAAUGUUUUGUAAAAUAUCAGACAAUAAUAUUUGUUAGAAAUUACAGAUUUUAAUGUUGCAAAUGUAUGAAUAAUUUCCAUUCCAAUUUAUUUACUAUUUUCCGGAUAUGCCAUUAGCAUUUCAGCCCGCAUCCAAUUUUUUUGUGGGCUGCUCCCCUGUUUUUUGGUGACUGAAUAGAGGAGAGACUGACCUCAUGAAUGCAUUAAGUAGUGAGGUCAUUAUUUUCCAGGCACCAUAGGAAGGUUGUUUUAAAGGCUGAACUUAAACCGUUGGGAAAGAAUGAUUCCACUCAGAGAAGGGAGGUGAGGGUACUUGUCAGGCUAGAUGGAAACAAUUAGCAAAAUAUGACCACUAGAGUAGUUGUCUUUGCAGUUGCUUUCUCACCUUCUUCCACCAUUCUUUUCUGCCGUAGAAGUUCAGCCUUUAAGGCAUUGCAUUAAAAUACCACAGUUUGCAUUCCUGGCACCAGAGGUGUUUACAUUGUUCAUGAUGUGUCUAAGCACAAAGUUUAUUACAUACAUAAUACCACCGAACUAAUUAGCUGGAUUUGUGGCACAUCAGUUUGUGAUAUUCAUGCCUUCUUCGGCUGUGUGCCAAACUGAAAUGAAUAGCUUAAUCUCAUAUCUUGCAAUCGCUGGAAUUUGUUGCAGUCAUUAGAGUGUAAUUUCACUUUUGAAUGCUAAUUGUACAGAGAGAGAAGGAAAUUUGCAUGUGCAAUAUUAGAUUCUUUCUACACAGGUGAAGUCAGGUGUGAAAGAUUUUUUUGUCAUUUCUAAUCCGUCCAUUUUUACUCAGCUGCACUUUACAUAAAUUGUUCUCAGUAUUUAAUAGAGCGCCUUUUUCUUUUAUAUAUAGUGUUAUAUUUGCCUGCAACAGAUUCAGAAGGGAGAAAGAAAAAGGAAACCAUGUUUCUUAUUUAAAUAUAUUAUAAAAUUGUAAAUAAAUUAAUGAGAAACAAUAAUAAAAUGAUAAUGCAUUCCAGCCCCUUACACUUGAUGCAGAAUAGAUUUCUUGGGACAAGAUCAGACUUUCCCAACAAACUAACAAGUCCAACUGAUGUUCUUCUGCUACCAGAUAGGCCGUUGACAUUCAGUACAUUUAUGUCAACAGUUUUCCUAUGCUUCAAAGCAUAAGCUUUUCUCUUAAUCUCAUAAACCAUGAUAGUUAGAGAAGCUUGCUUUAAGUGGAGAGAAUUUGGCACCCUUAGUUGAUACUUAAGUGGAUCCUUCAAAAUUGUUUUGGGCAGUUUGUGACUCUUCAUAUAUUGUAUUUGUAAUGACAUUCAUUGGGAGAGCACAGCAGAACAAUAUAUGCUCCCCUAGCAAUAGAAGCUAAAGUGGAUUUGUUACACAUAUUUGCAGACAGCUGUGCUGCUACAAAGGAUUUUUUUUUACCGGUUGAAAUGUUUCCAUUUGAGAAUUUUCUUCUAGUGUUUAGAAAGGAAAACUUUUUGUGGAAGAGUAAUUUGUUUGUGAGAGGAUGAAUGGCUUUGUGGUAGGUAGCCAACUUCUCCAAGCUACUAAACUAUACAUUUGACACUAAAGCAUAUCUGCAUAUUUGUAUGUUUGCAUGCAUAAACAUGCAUAUUGCGUAUGCAGAGGUAUGUGAAUUCAUUUGUCUGCAUUUAUGCAUGCACAAAGUAUGUCCCUUACUUUCAGUCUCAUGUGCAUCAAUGUGUUUUGUGUAUGUGUGUAUGUGCACAUGCAUAUGAGUGACUGACAAAGUUAUUUUAUGAAUCAUAACAGUCUUUGAAGUGUAUGCCUGCUGAUAAUGAUUGCUAAGACAAAAUUAGUUUAAAAUAAUAUGAGAAAUAUUUAUUACUUCUGUAUCUGCUAAAAGGGGUCACUUUUUUACAAUAUCAAAAAAAUCUUUAUAAGAUUUGAUUUAAACAGGAAAAUAGAAAUUGUAAAUAAAGAUCACAGAUUCCUUGUGAACAGUUCUGACUAAAGAUAAGUUCUACAUGAUUCCCUUAGGAAAUAAUUUUGUCUUUCAGAUUUUGGAGUUUGAACAAAUUGCUUUUAUAUUUAAGACUUGUUUUUAAAAUACCAAAAGCAUAGUUUUAGUGAAACUCUGACAGUUUAGUGGCCUCUGUAUGUAUAUAAAAU